AUGCAGCGGCCGCUGAGGGUGGCGCAGGGGGCACGGCCAGCCCGGGGCUGCAGCAGUGCGGGCAGCUCCAGAAGCUCAUGGGCAUCUCCAUUGGCAGCCUGCGCGGGCUGGGCACCAAGUGUGCUGUGUCCAACGACCUCACCGAGCAGGAGAUACGGACCCUGGAGCAUUGUCCCAAUUCCUUCUUCUAAUGAAGAAAUACGCUUAGUUGAUGAUGCGUUUGGAAAAAUUUGUCACAUGGUCAGUGAUGGCUCUUGGGUGGUUCGUGUUCAGGCAGCAAAACUGUUGGGCUCUAUGGAGCAAGUCAGUUCUCAUUUCUUGGAGCAGACCCUUGAUAAGAAGCUGAUGUCAGAUCUGAGGAGGAAACGUACUGCACAUGAGCGUGCCAAGGAACUUUACAGUUCAGGGGAGUUUUCCAGUGGCAGAAAGUGGGGAGAUGAUGCUCUCAAGGAAGAAGUAGAUACCGGGGCUGUGUACUUGAUUGAGUCACGAGCUUGUGGAGCUUUUUUUCAUGGGUUGGAAGAUGAGAUGUAUGAGGUUCGUAUUGCUGCUGUGGAGGCCCUCUGCAUGUUGGCCCAGUCUUCACCCUCUUUUGCUGAGAAGUGCCUUGAUUUCCUAGUUGACAUGUUCAACGAUGAAAUUGAGGAAGUACGUCUGCAGUCCAUACAUACCAUGAGAAAAAUCUCUAAAAUCACCCUCCGAGAAGAUCAGCUUGACACUGUCCUGGCUGUGCUAGAGGAUUCAUCCAGAGAUAUUCGAGAGGCUCUUCAUGAACUCUUAUGCUGUACUAAUGUUUCAACCAAAGAAGGGAUUCAUCUUGCAUUGGUGGAGCUGCUGAAAAAUUUAACCAAGUACCCUACUGAUAGGGACUCCAUAUGGAAGUGCUUGAAGUUUCUGGGAAGUCGGCAUCCAACCCUGGUGCUUCCCUUGGUGCCAGAGCUUCUGAGCACCCACCCAUUUUUUGACACAGCUGAACCAGACAUGGAUGAUCCAGCUUAUAUUGCAGUUUUGGUACUUAUUUUCAAUGCUGCUAAAACCUGUCCAACAAUGCGAGCAUUGUUCUCAGAUCACACCUUCAGGCACUAUGCCUACCUCCGAGACAGUCUUUCUCAUCUUGUUCCUGCCUUGAGGUUACCAGGUAGAAAACUGGUGUCAUCAGCUGUUUCUCCCAGCAUCAUACCUCAAGAGGAUCCUUCGCAGCAGUUCCUGCAGCAGAGCCUUGAAAGAGUGUAUAGUCUUCAGCACUUGGACCCUCAGGGAGCCCAGGAGCUGCUGGAAUUCACCAUCAGGCAUCUCCUUCUUGAUGUCAAAGUCCCCAGGAGUUAUGAGCAGAUGAGCCAUAUUUAUAAAGAAAUUGGUCAUAAAGGGAAAGAGACCUACAAAAUGGAAUUCAUGUAGAGUGGUGUGGAGAAUAAGCAGGUGGUGAUUAUACAUCACAUGAGGCUGCAGGCCAAAGCGUUGCAACUUAUAAUAACAGCACGAACUACACGAGGACUUUACCCCUUAUUUGGGAUGUGUGAAAAAUUUUUACAGGAAGUAGACUUUUUUCAGAGGUAUUUCAUCGCUGAUUUGCCCCACUUGCAGGACAGCUUUGUGGACAAACUCCUUGACCUUAUGCCCCGAUUCAUGACAUCCAAACCUGCAGAAGUGGUCAAAAUUCUACAGACCAUGCUGCGACAGAGUGCCUUUCUGCAUCUCCCACUUUCAGAGCAGAUCCACAAAGCCUCAGCCACCAUCAUUGAGCCAGCAGGCGAGUCAGACAACCCUUUGCGGUUUACCUCUGGGUUGGUGGUUGCCCUGGAUGUUGAUGCAACCCUGGAGCAUGUGCAGGAUCCUCAGAACACUGUUAAGGUCCAGGGCCUUCAUCCCAGAAUAAUCACUGAAGGAUUUGAAGCUGUGAAGGAAAAGGCCCUUCAUUUUUUGGAAGAAGUCAAAGUAAGCAGAGGGAUGGACAAGGAAACACUUAAAGAUGUGGCCAGGGCAUCUCUUUGUACUAAAGUUCAUGCUAAACUUGCAGAUGUCUUAACAGAGGCUGUAGUGGGCUCCAUUUUGGCCAUUAAAAGAAAAGAUGAACCUAUUGAUCUCUUCAUGAUUUUGUGAUCAUUGACAAGAAACAUAAAUCUGAAACUGAUACAAGAGAAGUGAAUUCUGGCUUUUUUUACAAGAGUGCAGAAAGAGAAAAACUCAUAAAAGCUGAAAGAAAAUUCAUUGAAGAUAGAGUUAAAACAAAUAAUAGAACUGAAAAGGAAAGUCUGUGGUGAUUCAGAUAAAGGAUUUGUUAUUAAUCAAAAGGGAAUUGACCCCUUUUCCUUAGAUGCUCUUUCAAAGAAGGCAUAGUCGCUCUUCACAGAGCUAAAAGGAGGAAUAUGGAGAGGCUGACUCUUGCUUGUGGUGGGGUGGCCCUGAAUUCUUUUGAGGACCUAAGUCCUGACUGCUUGGGACAUGCAGGACUUGUAUAUGAGUAUACAUUGGGAGAAGUUCACCUUUAUUGAGAAGUGUAACAACCCUCGUUCUGUCACAUUAUUGAUCAAAGGACCAAAUAAGCCCACACUUAGACCAAAGAUGCAGUAAGGGAUGGCUUGAGGGCUGUCAAAAAUGCUAUUGAUGAUGGCUGUGUGGUUCCGGGUGCUGGUGCCGUGGAAGUGGCAAUGGCAGAAGCCCUGAAUAAAUAUAAGCUCAGUAUAAAGGGCAAGGCACAGCUUGGAGUCCAAGCAUUUGCUGAUGUGUUGCUCGUUAUUCCCAAGGUGAGCCCGUGGUAGCAGCAGAAGCAGGCAUUAUGGGAUAACGAUUGUGUAAAGAAACAGCUUCUACAUUCCUGCACUGAUUGCCACCAACAUUCUCUUGGUUGAUGAGAUCAUGCGAGCUGGAAUGUCUUCUCUGAAAGGUUGAAUUGAAGCUUCCUCUGUAUCUGAGUCUUGAAGACUCUGCAAAGUGAUCCUGAAGAAUACAGCUGUGGAAUUUUUGUCCAAGCUUCAAAUGAGUUUCAAGGGAAUUUUCCCAUGUGAAAAAAGGAGAGAACACUGGCAUCUGUUGAAAUUUGGAAGUUCUGAAAUUAUAAUUACAGUGUUUUUUAAAAAUUGCACUGAAGUAUACACACAUAAAGCAGGUCUUUCACCCAGUGAACAGGAUGUUUUGCUUUAGCAGCAGUGACAUAAAAUUCCAUGUUAAAUAAGCAUAUAUUACCUACCUUAUUAAAUAUUCCUUGAAAAAGCAGAUUUUAAUGGUUUAAUUUUAUGUGGACAUAUGUUAAAUUAUUCAGCAGUACCCUAUUGUUAAGCAUCUGGUUUUAAAAUUUUUAUGCUAAUAUAAAUAACGCUUAGUAAUUUAAAAUUUUGGAAGCAUCCCGUUAGUGUAAAUUUCUGAGUAAAUUUAUUGAUCAGUU